GCUCACUUGUUGUUGGGAGUGUGUUAGACAGAGUUAGAAAGAGCUUUGCCGAGGCACGUCUCCUCUUCAGAAAAGGAGCUUUUAUUUUGUAGUUUCUGACACGGACAGAUACUGUAAGAAGAAACAGGAAGCAAUUUGUGGAUGAUUAGCUUUUGUGAUGCCGGGACUUUUUCCAUUUUGCCAAACAAGGACUUAUGUCACUGACAAAAAAAAACUUAAAAUCUGAUUUAACUUGAUGAAACAGUUGGUUUUACCUUUUCCAAGCAGUUUAUAUCUCUUUUUUGGAGCACAAUAUUUUUUUCUUCCUUUUUGCCACCUGUUGGUCUUUGGUUUGCCAGUUCUGCCGGUUAUUACCACUGUCAGAGCUCCUCUGGUCAUGCAACCAACCUUUCCUCCAGUCCUGGAGCUCACCUGGUGAACCAACUCACCUGUUUUUAGCCCCGCAGUUUCCAGGCUUUGAACUCAGCUGAGGUUUCAGCCAUGUUGCGUUGUGUUCUUCAGCGAGCCCACAACCUGAGACACUCUGACCCUCUGGCUAGUGUCACCUUCAGAGGGUCCAAGAAGAAGACAAAGGUUAUCAAGAACAACCCUAACCCUGUUUGGAAUGAGGGUUUUGAAUGGGACCUGAAGGGGAUUCCUCUGGACUCUGGAGCAGAGCUCCACUGUGUUGUCAAAGACCAUGAGAAGAUGGGGAGGAACAGGUUCCUGGGGGAAUGCCGGCUGGCUCUCAGAGAUGUGCUCAACUCUCCCAGCCUGGCCGCCUCCUUUACCAUCUCCCUGCUGGACACCAAGAGGAACAACACAGGGGCCACGCUGACCCUACAAGUUUCCUACAUCCCUCCUCCAGGAGCAGCUCCAAUCUUCCAGCCUCCUUCCCAGCCUGAGACUUUUCCCCAUCCCAACCCCAGUGUGGAACUGGACACUGUCACAAUGAUUUCUCUGGAUACGAUGGGUGAGGAGGAUACAGAGAGCAUGAUGAUGAUCGAGCCCACAGAGGACCAGGGUCCGGACGACGGACGGUCCAUGGUCAUCGUUGGCCCUCAGGGGCCCACGGGCCAGGAGUCUCCUACUGCCCAGACACCCAAACGUUCGCCGCCAACCUACAACACCCAUGGUGGGCUGAGGAAGAGGAGGAGAGGAGCCAGCAGUCAUUCUAAACCUCUGCCAAACAAACCACAGGACCUGCAGGUUCGUGUACGGAUUAUCGAAGGGCGACAGUUGCCGGGCAUCAACAUCAAGCCUGUCGUCAAGGUAACGGUAGCCGGGCAGACGAAGAGGACCCGCAUCAGAAAAGGCAACAACCCGGUCUUUGAUGAGACUUUCUUCAUGAACUUCUUCGAGACUCCAUCAGACUUGUUUGAUGAACCGAUCUUCAUCACGGUGUGUGACUCUCGCUCUCUCAGAACUGAUGCUGUGAUUGGUGAAUUCAAGUUGGAUGUAGGCACCGUCUACAAUGAGCACAGGCACUGCUUCUUGAGGAAAUGGCUGCUGUUGUGCGACCCGGACGACCUCUCUGCAGGGGUCAGAGGUUACCUGAAGGUCAGCCUGUUCGUCUUGGCUGCUGGAGACGAGCCACCGGCUGAUCGGCGCGAGUGUGUGGAGGAUAAAGAGGAUAUCGAAGGAAACCUCCUGAGGCCGGCUGGUCUGUCUCUGAGAGGAGCUGUUUUCACCCUGAGGAUCUUCAGAGCUGAAGACCUGCCACAGAUGGACGAUGCCUUCAUAGAUGGGAUGAGGCAGAUUCUUGGGUUUGAUAGCAACAGGAAGAACUUGGUGGAUCCUCUGGUGGAGAUCCACUUUGCUGGCAAAACAGUCUGCACUAAGACUCUGGAGAAGAACGCCAAUCCACAGUGGAACCAGAGUCUGGCCAUGCCCAUUAGAUUUCCCUCCAUGUGUGAGAAGAUGAGGAUCAGAAUUCUGGACUGGGACAGAGCCAGUCACAACGAUGUCAUUGGCACCACCCACCUCUGUAUGUCCAAGGUCUCUGCCCCUGGAGGAGAGAUAGACGAUGACUUGACUCCACGGACCGUCCACCCUGGCAUUGAUGACAGUCUUGGUUUCCUGCCGACAUUCGGACCGUGUUUCGUCAACCUUUACGGCAGCCCCAGAGAGUUCACCGCCUUCACGGACCCCCACGAGUCUCUAAACCUUGGAAAAGGAGAGGGUGUAGCAUACCGAGGUCGAGUUUUACUGGAGCUAACCACAAAGCUGGUGGACAAGCCGGAGCAGAGGACUGAAGACAUCCCAUCGGAUGACCUGCUGGUGGUGGAGAAAUUUCUCAGAAAGAGGAAGUUCUCGCUCUUCGUGGCGUUCUACUCAGCCACGCUCCUCCAGGACGUUGACGACGCCGUGCAGUUCGAGGUCAGCAUCGGCAACUACGGCAACAAGUUCGACUACACCUGCCUCCCUCUGGCCUCCACCACCCAGUUCAGCAGGGCAGUGUUUGACGGUUGCCACUACUACUACCUGCCGUGGGGAAAUGUGAAGCCGGUGGUGGUUCUGUCUUCAGAGUGGGAGGAUAUCAAACCGAGGAUCGAGGCUCUCAACAUGCUUCUGGCCAUCAUAGACAGACUGGAGGCGAACCUGCAGCGGGUGCAGCUGGAGGUGAAGGCAGGCAGUGAGCUGGAGGAGGUGGAGCUCCGAGUGGUCGAGCUGUUGGAUCAGGUCAUCACAGACUGCCGUGAGGAGCUGCCGUCUCUUGCCCAGUGGCAGUGUGCGACGCCUCUGGACCGCUCGCUGAGGCACAUCCGCACUCUGCACCUGCAGCAGAUCGUCGCGGCGGCCCUCGCUCUCAAACACGGUCCGGCCACCGAGCUGUCCACGGUGCUGGAGCAGGCGGAGGACUGGGCCAACAGGCUGAGGACGAUGGCUGAGGAGCCUCAGAACAGUCUUCCAGACAUCGUGAUAUGGAUGCUGCAGGGCGACCGUCGGGUGGCCUACCACCGCAUCCCCGCACACACUGUGAUCUUCUCCCAGGAGCAUUGUGGGAAACACUGUGGGCAGCUGCAGACCGUCUUCCUCAAGUACCCACAAGGCACUGGUGGAGAAGCCAAACUUCCCGGUCAGCUGAGGGUCAAAGUCUGGUUCGGAUUGGCGGCAGACGUCAAACACUUUAACCAAUUCGCUGAAGGGAAACUGUCGGUCUUUGCUGAAACGUAUGAGAACCAGACGCGGCUCGCCCUGGUGGGCAGCUGGGGAACUACAGGUCUGACUUACCCCAAGUUCAGUGAUGUUACCGGAAGAGUUAAACUGCCUAAAGAGAGUUUCAAACCCUCGCCUGGAUGGAGCUGGGCUGGAGACUGGUACAUCAGCCCCGAGAAGACACUGCUGUUUGAUGUGGACGCCGGUCACAUGACCUUCACAGAGGAAGUGUUUGAAAACCAGAUGAGGUUACCGGGCGGACAGUGGAUCGGCAUGCCGGAGGGAUACACUGAUGUGAACGGGGAGAAAGCGGUGCCGAAGGACGAGGUGGAGUGUCCUCCGGGCUGGGUGUGGGAGGAGGUGGAGUGGAGCGAAGAUCUCAACAGGGCCGUGGACGAUCAAGGCUGGGAGUACGGCAUCACCAUCCCUCCAGACCGCCGGCCCAAGUCCUGGGUGCCAGCGGAGAAGAUGUACCACACCAACCGACGGAGGAGGUGGAUACGGAUGAGACGGAGAGACCAGCAGAAGAUCGACGCUCUCAGGAAGCAGCGUCCGGAUGAGGUGGAGAGGGAAGGCUGGGAGUACGCCUCGCUGUUCGGCUGGAAGUUCCACCUGAAGCCGAGGAAGACGGACAGCUUCAGGAGGCGCAGGUGGAGGUGCCGCAUGGAGCCGCUGGAGAAGACCGGGCCGGCCGCCAUCUUUGCCCUGGAGUGUUCUCUGAGCAGCAUCGAGGACAAAAGCGACGACAAGUCGGUGACAACCACGUUUGGAGUCAACAGACCGACCAUUUCCUGUUUCUUUGACCGUGGCACCCGCUAUCACCUGCGCUGCUACCUGUACCAAGCCAGAGACCUGCUGGCCAUGGACAAAGACAGCUUCUCAGACCCGUACGCCAUCGUGUCGUUCCUCCAUCAGUCCCAGAGGACGGUGACGGUGCGCAACACCCUGAAUCCCACCUGGGACCAGACGCUCAUCUUCUAUGAGCUGGAGAUUUUUGGCGACCCUGACGCCACGGUGGCGAAUCCCCCCAACAUCGUCGUGGAGUUUUACGACCAGGAUACAUACGGUGCAGAUGAAUUCAUGGGUCGCUGUGUGUGCCAGCCCACCGUGACUCCCUCCCCCCGCCUGGCCUGGUUCCCGAUUCGCCGAGGGGAGAAAAACGCCGGCGAGCUGCUGGCUGCCUUCGAGCUCAUACGCAGGGAAAAGCCAGCGAUUCACCAUAUUCCAGGUCAAGAGGGAGACAUCGUGGCCACCACCCACGUUCUAGACGAGUUGUUGCUUUCAGGAUUCCUCUCUGAAAACCUGCAGCAAUGGCCGGACGAGUCGGACCUUCCGUAUCCGCCUCCUCAGAGAGAGCCAAACGUCUUCAUGAUUCCUCAGGGAAUCAAACCUGUUCUGCAGAGAACCGCCAUUGAGAUCUUGGCGUGGGGUGUUCGUAACCUCAAGAGUUUCCAGCUGGCCAGCGUUACCUCCCCGAGCCUGCAGGUGGAGUGUGGAGGCACCAUGAUCCAGAGCUGCGUCAUCCGCAGCAUGAAGAAGAAGCCCAACUUUGACGUCAAUAUGCUCAUCCUUGAUGUGAGACUUCCCUGUGAGGAGCUGUACAUGCCGCCAAUCGUCGUCAAAGUCAUCGACAACCGUCAGUUCGGGAGGAAGCCGGUGGUCGGUCAGUGCACCAUCCGGUCUCUGGAGGAAUACCGGUGCAGCCCGGAGGAGGAACGAGUGGCGGUGGAGGAGGAGGAGGACGGUUGGAGACGUGAGACUCCCCACUUAAUUUCUGGAGAGGUUUUCAUUGACAUCGAUGACGAGGAGCCGCUGGUACCUGACCAGCUUGCAGAUGGAGCCAGUUCAGCAAUCAUUAACCUUUCAACCUCUAGCUCCAGCCUUCAUGAAGAAGAGUUCAUGGACUGGUGGAGUAAGUUCUACACCUCGACCGGAGAGAAAAACAAGUGCGGGACUUACCUGGAGAGAGGCUUCGACACGCUGAAGGUGUACGACCAGGAGUUGGAGAAGGUCGAGGGUUUUGAGGGUCUCUCUGAUUUCUGUCAGACGUUCAAACUGUACAGAGGAAAGUCUCAGGACGAAGGAGAAGAUCCAUCAGUGGUGGGAGAGUUCAAGGGUAUGUUUAAGAUCUACCCCCUGCCAGACGACCCCUCCACCCCUGCCCCCCCGAGACAGUUCAGAAAACUUCCUCCCAACGGCAUUGAGGAGUGUUUGGUCCGAGUCUACGUCAUCCAGGCUCAAGGACUGCAGCCUAAAGACACCAACGGGAAGUGCGACCCCUAUGUGAAGAUCACCUUGGGGAAAAAGACCAUCAGCGACCAUGAAAACUACAUCCCCUGUACACUGGACCCCGUCUUUGGAAAGAUGUUUGAGCUCAUCUGUUCCCUCCCUCUGGACAAGGACCUGCGGGUGAUGCUGUACGACCACGACAUGCUGACCAAAGACGAGAAGAUCGGCGAGACGGUGAUCGACCUGGAGAACCGCUUCCUGUCCAAAUACGGAGCCAUGUGCGGUCUGCCCCAGUCCUACUGUGUGUCGGGGGUGAACCAGUGGCGAGACCAGCUGACGCCCCGGCAGCUGCUGAACAGAGUGUGCGAGCGACAAAACCUGAGGAAGCCGGUCUACCAGGACGACGUAGUCCACUUCAGAGGAGACCAGUACACAGCUGCAGACCUGGAGGACAAACACGAGUCCAAACGUCACCUCGGUCCAAUCAAGGAGCGACUGGCGCUCCACAUCUUGAGGAAACUGGGAUUGGUACCUGAACACGUGGAGACCAGGCCGCUGUACAGCCCGCUACAACCUGACAUACAGCAGGGGCGCCUGAUGAUGUGGGUGGACCUGUUCCCCAAGUCCCUGGGACCACCUGGACCCCCAUUCAACGUCACGCCACGCAAGGCUAAGAAGUUUUUCCUGCGUUGCAUCAUCUGGAACACCAGUGAUGUCAUCCUCGAUGAUGUCAGCAUCAGCGGGGAGAAGAUGAGUGACAUCUACGUUAAAGGCUGGCUCGACGGUCACGAACACAACAAGCAGAAGACUGACGUCCAUUACCGCUCUCUUGGCGGAGAGGGAAACUUCAACUACAGAUUCCUGUUUCCCUUCAACUACUUACCCGCAGAGCAACUCUGUGUCGUCGACAAGAAGGAACAUUUCUGGAGCAUGGACAAAGCUGAGACUAAACUGGCUCCUAAACUGACGAUCCAGAUCUGGGACAACGACAAGUUCUCCUUCGAUGACUACCUUGGUCACCUGGUGAUGGACCUGAACCACAUGCUGCGUCCGGCCAAGUCUCCACAGAAGUGCGACCUGCAGCUUCUGGACCAGCCGGCCGACAAGCUGGUGUCUCUGUUCGAGCAGAAGACGGUGAAGGGAUGGUGGCCCUGCACCUGCGAGAAGGACGGAGAGAAGAUCAUCGCUGGGAAGGUGGAGAUGUCUCUGGAGAUCGUGACGGAGCAGGAGCAAGAGGAGCGACCGGCCGGACUCGGCAGAGAUGAACCCAACAUGAACCCUCACCUGGAGGAACCUCAGCGUCCGGAGACCUCCUUCCUGUGGUUCUCCUCCCCUUACAAGACCCUCAAGUUCAUCCUGUGGAGGCGCUUCAAGUGGUUCAUCAUCCUGUUCAUCAUCCUCUUCUUCAUUCUCCUCUUCCUCGGCGUCUUCCUCUAUUCCUUCCCGAACUACGCCGCCAUGAAGAUGGUGGGGCCUUUCGGACCGGCCAAGAAAGAGUGAUGAUGGAGGAGAGGAGGAAAAACAUGAACGUCUUCUUUCCCUCCUUCCCGUUCUUCUCUCUUGAAUCUGUUCUGUCGUUCCUGCAGUUUAAAAGACGAACUGGUGAACUUGAUCCGACUCAGCUGAUUAGCAGCAGCCGCCGCCCGCGGUUCACAAAUGUGACGUCUGUGUGCGUUUGUGUGCGAGUGUGUGUCCGUUUGUGCCUUUACUGUCAGAUGUGCGCUUCACUGUCCCCUCGUUCAUCAGAGACUCCGUCACCGAGCGUCCUCGUGCAGAGAAGAAACCCGUCGCCAAACGCCACCUUAAAGAAACUUUCCUCCACAUCCUUCCUCUUUCUCCUACUCCUCCUUUGCCUCCUCCUCUUCAUCUUCUCCCCUCGUCUCUCCUGCUUUUAACUCCCACUUCCUUUUCCUCCCAGCUCUUUCUCUUCUGUUUCCUCUUUUCUUCCUUCUCCCAUCUACCUCUUCUUCUUCUCCUCAUCCCUUUCUCCUUUUGUUCCUGAUUGUCUCCUCUCCUCCUGCCUCAAGACAUUUGCUUCCUCCUCCUCUUUUUCUUCAUGCUUUUCCUCCCCUCCCCUGCUCACUCUCCUGCUCCUCCUCAUUUUCCACCUCCUACUGUAUUUCACCUCUUCUUCCUUCUCCUCCAGCAUCUCACUCUGUCCUUCCUCACAUUAGUUCCUCUCCUCUACUUCUUCUUCCUCGCCCUCCUGCCUCAAAUCAUUCCCUCCUCCUCCUCCUCCUCCUCCUCCUCCAUCUGCUCCAGUCUUUCAGCACACUCAGGGUUCAGGAGGUUAAGUCCUGGAUUUGCUCUUGUUGAUCUUUGUGGGUUUUGAGCUUUAUUAGCACAAAGUGUGUUUUCAGAUAGAUGGAUGUUGGCAGAUAAGGAUGAACACACUUCGUCCACACUUCGUGUUUGUGUGUUUGAGCAAAUUCACAGUAUUUUUUUGUGCGUGUCGACUUUCAUAAGUGUGUGUUUGGGUCAGGACAGGGUUAUGAUCCUGGUUCAAACACACAAAGCACCGAACAGGAAGGGUUGGAGAGGGACUAAUCCACCCAGAUUCUUUGGGAUUUCCUGAAGUACGUUUUCGUCCGUCAGGGUCGUUUGAUCCUUAGAUACCCCACACCGACGACGCCAAGCGAGUGAAGCGAAGCUCGUAGCCAUAAUUAAAAAGACAAGAAGAAGAGGACUUUAAUUUUUGAAUCCUGUCUGCUUCUUCUAAAGUCUGCUGUUGUUCGCUGUGGUCCUGACCAGAGUGGAAAAACUGAUGCGGACCCGGUUUGGUUCGUUUUAGGUUCACGCCGGGCCGAUUAACGAGCCAACCGGGCCCCAUAAACAAAAGUCACAUGGACCCACGAGCAGCUCUUUUAUUGGACAGAGCUUCGGUAACUACUGUCGUCCUGCCAGUUCCUCAAACCUCAGCUAAUUUACAUCCUCUGGAGUUUUAAAAUCAGUUAACAACACUUAAAAAAACAAAAAAACAUCUGAAUUUGAGCAUCGGUCCACAUUCGAUCCAGCGUCAACAUUUGUCUCCUUGUGCCCAUAAACUCCUGCAUUUAGUUUUCUUUUCCUGCAGUUUCUCCCAUUCUCACCUUUAACAAAAACCUCAAUGAAAAGAGAGAACGAACUUCUGAGGAUGAGAAGAAACUUUCGCUGAACACUAAAGUUUUGUCACGAAUCAAGUGCUUAUUUUUCAGGAAUGUAGAGAGUCACUGCAGUGGUCUAGGCUGACUUUAGCUCAUUUUCUAUGCACCAUUUGGCUUCCAUAUUUGAAUGUAAGUAAUUCAUACCGAUACAGAAUUGACCUGCUGACUUUAUUUUAACACACAUACAGAAAAAAAAAGUUGUUUUUGCAGUUGGUGAUAAAAACAGAAGGAAAAGAUCAUUUGUGAGCACAGAUAUUGUGUUUUAAUGCAGCGAAAUCCACCAUUCUGUCGUUUUCAUUGACAUAUUUAUCUGUUUUUGAAAUUUUAUCACUUUUCAUCGAUAACUAGAUUUCAACCAGGCACUCAUCCCCAAAACUUUGUUUCAAAUCAUUAUUUAAGACCACAAGAUUAAACGAAAAUGAGAAAUUAGGAGGCGGCAAAAGGACCAUAAAGUAUCUGUUAAAAAUAAAUG